AUGGAUCAUUUUCGUGCCUUGUGCGUAUAUGAAAGAUAUAAGCGUACUUGUAAUGAGUAUGAGGAGGAGCAAAGGAGUUUGCGUCGAGCAUCUAAGCCAAGGUCUUCAUCAAGCAAACGAGCAUCAUCUAAGGAGUGUUGUGACAAUCGAGUCAUGAAUUCUCGAAUUGAAUCAAAGCCUCAUGAAUCGAAGGCUGAUUUCCGAAGCCGGACUAAAGAAUUAUUUGACUCUAUGAUGGGAGAAAUUAGCCAAGUGCUGAAAUCAUAUUUUGAGCAAUUUACUCAUGUGUCAACCAAUGGUGGUAAAGAUGUUCCUUCUAGUCCGCCAUUGAUUGAAGAAAUAUCUACGAAUGCUAGCAAUGAAAUUGAGAUUGAAAAUCUUGAAGUCCCAUCUACACAAGUUAAGCAAGGAGAGAUUGAGUUGAUCAUGGCAUGUUCUAUCCCUAUAUCCAUUGGCAAAUAUCAGAAUUUUCAUGGAGUUUGCAUCUUAAGUGUUGUAUCCCUUUACUAUCCAUUGAUAUACAACUUCACCCAUGAGCCUGCUUUGCUUGUUGGGAGGAGUAAUGAAGUUUCAAAGGGAGUCCUUGCACUUGAAUUUUGUCCUUUGCCUCCUUACCAUUUUGCAACAAGUGUCCCAAGUGAUGAUCCAUCUAAUGAAGUCGAUCAUGUUCAAAGUGUUGUUCAGUUUCUCAGUUGCAUUAUGGAGGAUCCAAGAAGAUGUGAGCUUGCUGCCAAUGAGGAGCUUAGAUUGCUUUGUGGUAUUGAAACAGAGAUACAAAAGCUUUCAAGCUUGCUAUCAACAACCAAAGCAGUGAUUGAAGAUGCCGAGCAGAACCAGUUUACUGACAAGGCAAUUCAACUUUGGCUGCAGAAGCUCAAUCUUAUUGCUUACGAAGUCGAUGACAUAUUAGAUGAUUAUGCAACCGAAGUCUCGAGAGAACCGAAGUGCAACAACAUAUGUUGCAAUGUAUUGGAUUGUCUUCCAGCAACAUCAAACAUAUGGUUUCGGCACAGGAUUGGGACAAGGAUGAAGGAUAUCCUUGAUAAAUUUAAUGCAAUAGCUAAUGAGGGAAAAGAUCUUGGUUUGAGUGAUCAGAAGCGUGGGAGCUAUUUCAAUGCAAGCCGUGAGACUGGAUCCACGGUAAAUGAACCUGAAGUUCUUGGAAGGGAUGAGGAAAAAGAGCAGAUCGUACGCAUCUUGACGAAAGAAAAAGAUAGAGUCAAUCAAAAUGUAUCAGUGCUCCCUAUAGUGGGUGUUGGAGGCCUUGGAAAGACAACACUUGCCCAAUUGGUGUUCAAUGAUGAACGCAUAGCCAAGCAUUUUGAGCCAAAACUCUGGGUUUGGGUUUCAGAGGAUUUCGAUGUGAAAAGGAUUAUAAAAGCCUUAAUUGAGUCUGUAGAAAAGACUUCUACUGGGGACUUAGCCUUGAAUACUCUCCAAAGAAAGCUUCAAGAGUUGUUGAGAGGGAGAAGAUACUUGAUUGUACUGGAUGAUGUCUGGAAUGAGAAUCCAGAGGAAUGGGAGAAACUAAAAUCUGUUCUGGAAUGCGGAUCAAAAGGUAGUUCAAUUGUCAUGACAACUCGCAUGGAGAAGGUUGCCACAAUAAUGGGCACAUUACAAACAUAUUAUCUGUCGAGUUUGUCAGAGAAUGAGUGUUGGUCACUAUUUAGGCAACGGGCAUUUGGCCGUCAAGAGGCUGAAGAAUAUCCUAACCUUGUAGUUAUUGGAAAAGAGAUUGUGAAAAAAUGUGGUGGUGUUCCGCUGGCUGCAAAGGCUCUUGGAGGCUUUCUACGAUUUAAAAGGGAAGAAAAUGAAUGGAACUCCGUGAAAUGCAGUGAAAUUUGGAACUUCCCUCAAGAUACAACACAUAUCUUGCCCGCGUUGAGAUUGAGCUACCUUAAUCUUCCAGUAGAGUUGAGAGUGGAAGAUGUUGGUGUUGCUGUGCUGACUGAACUAUAUUAUAGAUCACUAUUCCAAGCAGUAAAGGAAGAUGAAUUUGGCAAUGCCCUCACUUUUAAGAUGCAUGACCUUGUCCAUGAUCUGGCUCGAUCAGUAAUGAAGGCUAAACACGGUGGAACAGAGUCAAAUAGAACCAUGAUAUUAGUCAAUGGAGUCUACCCAAGAAGAGUUUCACAUGCAAUAAGCAAACUGAAACAUUUAAGGCAUCUAGAUCUUUCAAGAUCUUUAAUUGUUGAACUACCCAAUUCAAUUUGUGACUUGUGGAAUUUGCAAAUUUUAAACCUAAAUGAUUGUCUCAUUCUUUGGAGUCUACCCAAGGGCAUGAGAUUCCUUAGAAAUCUUCGACAUCUUUGUCUACAUGGGUGUUGGAGUUUGACUCACAUGCCAAGUGGAAUUGGGAAGCUGACUUGCCUACGGACGUUAAGUAUGGUCGUCCCGAGUGGCAAAAAAGGCUUCCGACUAAGUGAGUUGCGAGACUUAAAUAUGCUUAGAGGAGGGCUAACAAUUAUGCACCUUGAGAGGAUUGAAGACAAAAAGGAUGCAGAAGAAGCUUGCUUAAUUAAAAAACAGAGUCUCCACGGGUUGAAUUUGUAUUGGGAUUCCGAAAGAACGAUUCAACGGUACAAUGAUAAGGAAGUGCUCGAAGCCCUCAAACCCCGGCCCAACCUUCAACUACUACGUGUCCUAGGCUUCAACGGUUCAUCAUUUCCAUCUUGGAUUUCAACUGUAACAGAAGUUGUUGUGCACGAGAGUGCAGCGGAGUACAUAGUUGGGGUCCAAGAGAGUAUUGCCGCUGCUGCUGCAAUGUCCCCAUCGUUGAAACAGCUGGAGUUAGAGAACAUGCCCAACCUAAAAGGAAUGUUAGGAAGAGAAGUCCAAGGUACUCCAGGGGUAUUCUCUCAACUUCAAUCCUUGUCCUUUAAGGAUUGCCCAAUGUUGACAUUGCCACUGCCACGUAUGCUGUCCCUAAAGGAGUUAUGCGUCGACCGUUGCCCGAACAUGGCAUGGGCUUCAAUCUCCAAUCUCACGGCUUUGAAGGAAUUGACCAUCAAGCACUCUCCCGAGCUGAAUUCUCUGCCAGAAGAAGGAUUGCGAGGCCUUGCUUCUUUGCAGGAAAUCCAUUUGGUCCGAUGCUAUAAUUUGGUGAGUCUCUCAAUGGGGACUAAAGCCCUCAAAUCCCUGACUCGUCUAUGCAUCAAUGGGUCACACGCGACAGCUCUGCCAGAGGAAGUCAAACAUUUGCCUGCACUACAAAAACUGGAGCUGCAGAGUUUUUCCAAUCUAACUUCAUUGCCAGAUUGGUUUGGAGACCACCUCACUUCUCUUCAAGACCUGACACUAAAAUAUUGUCCGCUUGAAACACUUCCAUCCAGCAUUCAAAAGAUGACGACACUCCAACAUUUGACUAUAUUUCGCUGCUACCGACUGGGACGACAGUGUAAAAGGGGAGGAGAGGAAUGGCACAAAAUUAAGCACAUCCCGGACCUGAAAAUUGAAAAUUGAGUAAUACAAUUAUAUAUGAGUGGGUCUGCAUAUUCAUGUAUUACGUAAUAAACUAUUUGUGUACUAUCCUGUAAGUGUGGAGAAGACCAACACUAGUACUCAAUUUAUACCAUACCCAGUUGAUAUGAUUUGCUAGAGGUUGGAUUAAAUGAAAAAGAUACUGAGAUUUGACGGCAGUUUUCACAAAUGAGUUCUGUUGCAUGUAUUAGUUCUCUUUUUGAUUGAUUGUUCAAG